AUGUUUGCCGCUAGAUUUGACCCAACAAAGAUUGUGGAUAGUUCACAAACUAAUGAAGAACAAGAGCAAAAGAAGACUGUUAUUCCAUUGAAGAGGACCAGAGAUGUCGAGAGUGAGAGUGAAGAAGAAGAUGAGCACGAAGAUGAAUCGGAAGAGCAAGAUAAAGAGGAGACCGCAAAGAAUGAGAUAAGUGAAGUGUCUGACUCUGAAAAUGAAAGUGAACCUGAAGUUGAGGACAAUACGCCAAUUGAAGACGGUGAUGAUGACAAACAUACAUUAGUCAUGUCGAGAUUCCAUCAAACUCUUUCCCUACAAGAAAGUAUUCAAAAAUAUGAUAAAACUUCCGAAAAUGACUCCAAGAUAACAACCAACUCUGAUUUACAACCAUCAUUUGAUAAUGCCGAUAAUGUUGCAACCCAUGAAUUGGAAUUUAUUCCUCAACCUGAUAUUGUAAGGGCUGAUAAAACUAUGAAAAGUGCCAUUGAAGAGAGUCAUUCUACAGCUUGGAUAAAUACAAAAAAAGUAUAUUAUGAUAAUACAAUGAUUAAACAAUUCGAUGAAUAUAAGGAUGAAUUAACUCCCAAUUUAUUACAGAAUAUCCAAAGAAACUUUUCAACGAAUACUUUUGCCAUUCAAACUAUCUUACUUGAUAACAUUCUACAUGUAUUAAAUAGAUCAAUGAAAUUGACAAAGAAGAAUUUAACGAGACGUAUAGGUGAUCUGUUAAUCAAUGCAUCAACUGGUUCGGGUAAGACUCUAGCUUACUCUAUUCCAAUCAUACAAGCCUUAUCCAAUAGAACAGUAAAUAGAUUGAGAGUCUUAAUUAUUGUUCCAACCAAACUAUUGAUCCAACAAGUCUUUGAUACUCUGAACAAAUUAGUAAAAGGUACAGGGAUUAUUAUUACUACAGCUAAGAUGGAUCAAUCCCUAAGGGAAGAAAGUAGAAAAUUACAACAAUCGGAACCUGAUAUUUUUAUUACUACCCCAGGUAGAUUGGUAGACCAUUUACAGUUGAAAUCCAUUUCAUUAAAGAAUUUGAAAUUUUUAAUUUUAGAUGAGGCCGAUAGACUAUUAAAUCAAUCAUUUCAAAAUUGGUGUUCUGAAUUGAUGACCACUAUAGACAAUGAUAAACUAGAUCAUUUACCUGGUAAUGUGGUUAAAAUGGUAUUUAGUGCCACUCUAUCGACAGAUACACAAAAAUUACAUGACUUACAUUUAUACAAUCCAAGAUUGUUCUUAAUAGAUUCUGUCAAAUUGUACAACUUACCAAGUACUUUACAAGAAUUCAAUAUUACUGUACCAACAGCAAAGAGCAUGUACAAACCAUUGUUAUUAUUACAUUUAUUACCAUUGUUAAGCUCUACAGCAAAAGUAAUUGUAUUUGUUAAAUCGAACGAAGCAUCUCUAAGACUGGCAACUCUAAUUAAUAUCAUAUUGCAAAAGAAAAAUAUGAUCAAUAAUGUAUCUGUAAAUUCAUUUAAUUCUAAUAACUCAAGAGCGCAAAAUAGAAAAUUGGUUACUGAAUUUUCAGAAACAAAAACUGAUCAAUCGCAUGCAUCUAUUCUUAUUACUACUGAUAUUAUGUCAAGAGGUAUAGAUAUUACAAAUGUGACAGAUAUAGUGAAUUAUGAUGUCCCUAUCUCCUCUCAACAAUACGUGCAUCGUUGUGGUAGAACUGCAAGAGCUGGAGCCUCUGGUAAUGCUUACAACUACUUAGUAGGUAGAGGUGAAAAGAAGUUUUGGACCCAACAUGUCUCUAACGAUAUUAGCAGGGAUAUCCAUGGUUUUGAACCAAAAUUCUGGUCUAAACCAGACAAUUUGGACGAAGAUGGUGAUAUUGACAUGGAAAAGAGCGAAAAGGUUGAAGAUAACAUAUCAGUUGAAAACUACAACUCAAUUAUGGAGAUAUCUGAUUCUGAAGAUACAUUAUAUAAAGAAGCAUUGAAUGAUCUUAAGGAAAUGGCAUCAACAAAGUAG